AUGGAAAAUGGAUCGACGUCCUCAGAGUUCCAUUCAUCAUUAUCUCAAACCAGCGACUUAAUUUUAGGCGUGAUCUAUUCACUUUUGGGUCUCUUUUCUCUGUCUGGAAACUCGGUCCUUCUGCUGGUGGCAUACCGGAAGAGGUUGAUACUCAAACCAGCCGAAUUUUUCAUCGUUAACCUAGCGAUCAGUGACUUGGGGAUGACCGGUACUCUUUUCCCUCUGGCUAUUCCUUCAUUGUUUGCUCACAGGUGGCUCUUUGAUAAACUCACGUGUAAAUAUUACGCAUUCUGCGGGGUGCUCUUUGGUCUUUGCAGUCUCACUAAUCUCACCGUCCUGAGUACUGUCUGCUGUAUGAAAGUUUGUUACCCGGCCUACGGAAAUAAAUUUUCGUCUGCGCAUUCUCGGAUCUUGUUACUUUGUGUCUGGGGCUACGCGUUCGUCUUUGCCACCGCUCCAUUGGCAGACUGGGGCAGUUAUGGGCCGGAGCCCUAUGGAACGGCUUGUUGUAUAGACUGGAAAGCCUCAAACCGAGAACACAGGGCCAUUUCUUACACCGUCUCCCUGUUCGUAUUUUGUUACAUCAUCCCUUGCACGUUGAUAAUCAUCUCCUACACGCUCAUUCUACUGACCGUGAAAGGAUCGAGGAAGGCUGUGCGCCAACAUCUCUCUCCGCAAACCAAAGGGAACAGCGUCCAUAGCUUGAUAAUAAAGCUUAGUGUGGCUGUUUGCAUCGGAUUUCUUUUGGCGUGGACCCCUUAUGCAAUAGUGGCCAUGUGGGCAACAUUUGGAGAUGCUACACAAGUUCCUACCAUGGUGUUUGCCCUGGCGGCAGUAUUUGCAAAGUCCUCUACGCUCUACAACCCCAUUAUGUACCUGUUACUAAAACCAAACUUCUUAAAUGUCUUAAGAGACUUGUCUUUAUUCCAGACGAUGUGUACGGUGGUUUGUGGUGGCUGCAGGGCCCCAGUGAAUAGGUCACCAUGUAGACCGUCCGAGGUCAGGAUCCCUGCUAAGCUGGCAGGUCACUUCACGGACCACCGAAGGACCUGCAGGAGCUGUGUUGAUACACUUGAGUGUUUCGGUAAUUACCCAAGACGCUGCAGUUCCGGACACAUAGGCGUCAGUCAACCAGUUGCCAUUAACGUGGUCAAGGACCAAACUGGAAGCACCGGAUCUCCAAAGGCUGUACACCUUGUGGUAUACUCCUCAAGGACUAGAUCAGGAGUGGAGACAACAGAAACUGCUUCAGGGUCAGUGCCAUCUGGUUUAAUGAAAGAUUUUCUCUGAGCUCCAGAUCUCCCGUGACCUCCUGGAACUGUGUUUGCGGCUCUGGUCCUCUUGUACGGGAUUUGGGGAUCACCUGCUGUGAUCUCACCGUUGAUACCAUGAUUUCAGAAUUAAACAGUAACUAUCCUGGGCGCCCAGCAAUUUGGUCCCAAUUGUAAUUCUUUUAUAUAUCGGAUUACAAAGAACCAAGAAGUGGAGGACACAGUAGAGGACCAGCUCCAGCAGAUGCUCAUGGACGGGGACACAAGUAGCUAAAACUAGGGACUUUAUUAUAACAAUCUGAGACAAAGAGAAGCAGGAGAACUCAGAAUACCUCUGAAAUACGGGCUGCUAGAAACAUUGAAACUUCUCUCUAUUUGUCUUCUUCUAAAUUGAAUAAAGGAGUUCCCCAGAAACCAAAGAAAUGAAAACUUAACUUCUAAUAUUAUUAUAUUUAAAAAUCCCACCACCAACCCCAUUCUAUAAUAUUCUUUAUUGACUUCUCCCUACAUAACUUUUGUCCAAGUCCAAUAAUAGCCCAUAGGCAGAGCCGGGUCUCCCCCCUUUGACAGGAGUGGCAAUUUGUGGCCCCAAGGCACGUUCUUUCGGGGGCCGGUAUGCGUUCGGGGUGCUG